GAUCUCUGAAGGGCGAGUCCUUCUCUAGACUCCUAUCGUCUUCUCUACCCCCCUCCCACGCCCCCCCCUCUCUCCCCGCUAGGGUUUUCUGCCGCGGUUCCGCCGGAGAUGGGGUCCUCUCUCCCCCCAAAGGAGGCGAAUCUAUUCAAAGUCAUCGUCAAAUCUUAUGAAACCAAACAAUACAAGAAGGGGCUGAAGGCUGCAGAUGCCGUAUUGAAAAAGUUUCCUGAACAUGGAGAAACCUUGUCGAUGAAGGGAUUGACGUUGAACUGCAUGGAUCGAAAAUCCGAAGCAUAUGAACUUGUUCGCCGUGGCCUCAAGAAUGAUCUUAAAAGUCACGUGUGUUGGCAUGUUUAUGGUCUGCUCUAUCGAUCAGACAGAGAAUACAGAGAAGCAAUAAAAUGCUAUAGAAAUGCUUUGAAGAUUGAUCCUGACAAUAUUGAAAUUCUGCGAGACUUAUCACUCUUACAGGCUCAAAUGCGGGAUCAUACAGGGUUUAUUGAAACCAGACAACAACUUCUGACAUUGAAACCAAAUCAUCGAAUGAACUGGAUUGGAUUUGCUGUUUCUCAUCACUUGAGUUCCAAUGUUUCAAAGGCGAUAGAUAUCUUAGAGGCUUAUGAAGGGACACUAGAAGAUGAUUAUCCUCCAGACAACGAGCGCUAUGAACAUGGCGAAAUGCUCUUGUAUAAGAUAUCUUUGUUAGAGGAAUGUGGGUUGCUCAAAAAAGCGCUUGAGGAAAUGCACAAGAAAGAGGCCAAAAUUGUUGACAAAUUAGCAUACAGGGAACAAAUGGCAUCUAUACUAGUGAAACUUGGUUGCCUAGAGGAAGGAGAGAAAAUAUAUAGGUCCCUGCUCUUUAUGAAUUCCGACAAUUAUAGGUACUUUAUAGGCCUGCAAAAAUGCCUUGGUUUAUAUUCUGAAAAAGGUCAAUAUACAUCUGAUGAAAUUGAAAGAUUAGAUGCAUUUUAUAAAUCACUUAAGGAGCAAUACAGUUGGUCAUCUGCUGUUAAGCGAAUACCACUUGAUUUUUUAGAAGGCGACAACUUUCGGGAGGCAGCAGACUGCUAUGUUAGGCCUCUAUUAACUAAGGGGGUUCCUUCACUGUUCUCUGAUCUUAGCCCCUUGUACGACCACCCUGGCAAGGCAUGCAUUCUUGAGGAGUUAUUUCUUCAGCUGGAAGAUUCAAUAAGAAUGACAGGAUCCUUUCCUGGAAGGACACGAAAGGAGCCUCCUUCAACUCUUGUGUGGACUUUGCUUUUGGUUUCCCAGCACUUUGACAGGCGGGGUCAACAUGCUAUUGCACUGGCUAAAAUUGAUGAGGCUAUUGAACACACUCCAACCGUGAUUGAUUUAUAUUCGGUCAAGGGAAGAAUAUUAAAACAUGCAGGUGAUUUAGCUGCUGCUGCUUCUUUGGCAGAUGAAGCUAGGUCUAUGGAUCUUGCUGACCGUUACUUAAACAGUGAAUGUGUCAUGCGUAUGCUUCAAGCUGAUCAGGUUGGGUUUGCAGAGAAGACAGCUCUGUUAUUUACCAAGGAUGGAGAUCAGCACAAUAACUUGCAUGACAUGCAGUGCAUGUGGUAUGAACUUGCUUCUGGUGAGAGUUACUUUCGCCAAGGUGAUCUUGGGCGAGCUCUGAAAAAGUUCUUGGCUGUUGAGAAGCAUUAUGCAGACAUGACUGAGGACCAAUUUGACUUCCAUUCUUAUUGUCUACGUAAAAUGACUCUGCGUGCUUAUGUGUCAAUGCUGAAGUUUCAAGAUAAGUUGCAUUCACAUGAGUACUUUCAUAAAGCUGCAGCAGGAGUUAUCAGAUGCUAUAUGAAGUUGCAUGAUUUUCCAAUCAGAGCAACAACAGAAGAGGGUGAUGAAAUGUCAAGGUUGCCUCCUUCACAAAGAAAGAAACUGAGACAAAAACAAAAAAAAGCUGAAGCUCGUGCAAAAAAAGAGGCUGACGAAAAAACUGAGGAGGAAACUUCUUCCAGCACAUCAAAACCUGGCAAGCGACAACAUACCAGAUCAGUUGAUGUAGAUCCUCAUGGGGAAAAGUUAUUGCAGGUUGAGGAUCCAUUAUUGGAAGCUACAAAGUAUUUGAAGUUGCUCCAAAAUAACUCAGCAAGCUCGUUGGAAACACAUAUACUUUCUUUCGAGCUAAACAUGAGAAAACAAAAGAUUUUGCUUGCUUUUCAGGCUGUCAAGCAGCUGCUUAAGUUGGAUGAGAAUAAUCCUGAUUGCCACAGGUGUUUGGUAUGUCACCCUGAAAGUUUCAACAUGCCUAAAGCCAAGUGCUCUGGUUAUUUCCAUGGCUUAUCUGGACAUGCUUUUUCGCAGAUAAGAUUCUUUCAUAAAGUUAGCAGCUUUCCUGCCCCAGUGACAGACUCAGCGAUACUAAUUUGGAAUGUCUUAGAAGCAGAACUACCAAACAUAAGUCAGUUGCACGGCAAGUCACUUAAUGUAAUUAACCAAUCUUUCCUUGAGAAGCACAAAGAUUCUUUGAUGCAUAGAGCUGCAGCUGCAGAAAUGCUACUUGUUCUGGAGCCAGAAAAGAAGCUUGAGGCAAUUAAGCUAAUUGAAGAUUCGCCAAACAAACUGGCACCAGUGAAUGGAGCGCUAGGUCCAGUCAGGGAAUGGAAACUUGAAGACUGUAUUGCAGUCCACAAAUUGCUCAAAACAGUCUUUAUCAAUGAAAAUGCUGCUUCCAGAUGGAAAGCACGAUGUGCAGAAUAUUUUCCAUACUCGACAUAUUUUGGAGGCUGCAGGAGCUCAGCUGUUGCUUUUUCUGUAAAUCACAACGUGCAGAAUGCACCAGAAAAUGGAGUUCUGGCCUAUCAAGAAACUAAAAGCGAAGAAUCUCACUCGUUGAAUGGAAAAUUGCAGGCCUUCAAGGACCUUACCAUUUAAUAGUAUAGCAUGUUCUUUUGGGCUAACACGUGCACUGGAGUUUAGAGGAGCUUGAUUGAUACACAGAGCAAGAGUUGCACAUGUAGAAUCCUGCUGCGCAUGGGGAAGAAACAGAAGAAUGCUCUCACAAGAGCACUGCUCUGGGACUUGUGUCAGCACAUUGCAGUAAGGGAUGCAAUUGAUUUGAGACCAACAUCUCAAGUGGCUCUGUGUAUCACUCAUUAGCCGGUUAAUUGUAUUAUUAGUUCUCAUCUUGAACAUGGUGGAAGGGAAUCUUUACCUUUCAUCAUUCAAUCAGCUAAUGGUGAUGGUGAGUUAAAGUAGCUGGGAGCUGGUUAUGCCUGCAGGCUGAGCGGUCUGCCUGCUCUUAAGCAUGAUACUCUUUAAGCAGUGGGUUGAUGGUAAUUGUCUGGUUGUAUUCAGCUCUUCUUAUGGACCACCAUAUCUGUGUAAUCUGUGUUGCCGUUCAAUUAAAAAUUUUGGCAAGAACUUUUUUUUGCUGUAUUAGUAAUUUGGUCUUCAAAGAUGAAAAAAUGUCAAAUCUGAGCUUUAAAUGACAAGUCAUGCAUUCAUCAUUCCUUUGGACCAUUUUAUUAUUACAUGGGGGUGGCAAAUGGCAAUGCCUGGAUUGUAUAUAUGAUUUGUUGGAUCUAUAGCACUGAAGAUGGAAUGACUAGCCUGAGUUUCGUGUGUGA